AAUUAAAGAGUUCUCCGUCAGUACUCCGCCCGUCUGCAUAUCACAAGAACAAGCUGAAAGCAUUAAUAUUUCUCUUCCUGUUUUACAUCAAUGGCCCCUAUUUCUCAGGUUUCAACUGAAGAGAAGAACAAUGGAGGAACAACGGCUACAAAGACAAAAAUGAUAGGCUGCAACACAGUGCUUCGGGAAGUGAAAUAUUCCAUUAGAGGAGUGAUGGCUGAGCUUCAGGCUUUGUCUAACACUGAGAAGACUGUUAUCUCUCUCGGCACCGGCGAUCCCACAGCUUAUCCUCAAUUUCUCGGCGGCCGGCCGCCCUUCAUAGAUUCUCUUUCUUCCGCCUUCACUUCCUCUCUCACCGACUCCUAUGCUCCUUCCUUCGGCCUCCCACCUGCUCGCCGCGCGGUGGCAGAGCACUUAACCAAAGUGUUGAAACUUUGCGCCCGCUCUGAAGUAGUUCCCUUUCACGUCUCCGACGCCGACGUCUUCCUCACCUCAGGUGCCACCCAAGCCAUUCAUUUGGUUCUCACCAUUCUAUCCUCCGCCGGCGGCAACAUUCUCCUUCCCCGGCCAGGAUUCCCUCUAUACGACUCCGCCUGCGACCUUGCCGGUGUCCGUUGUCGUUACUAUGACUUGCUACCGUCGCGCCGCUGGGAAGCUGAUCCCACUCAGAUCCGCUCUCUUGCGGAUGAUCGAACCCUAGCCAUCGUAGUUAUCAACCCGAAUAAUCCCUCUGGCGCUACUUUCUCGGCCCAUCAUCUUUUCCAGAUUGCCGAGAUUGCUAGGGAUUUGAACAUUCCCAUAAUUGCCGAUGAAGUUUAUGGUGGAAUGGUCUUUGGAGGCGUCAGCUUCGUACCCAUGGCCUCCUUUGCCCAUCUAGCACCGGUAAUCACAAUCGGAUCAUUGGCCAAGCGUUGGAUGGUUCCUGGCUGGCGUCUUGGCUGGUUAGUCAUUUGCGAUCCGCAAGGCACCCUUCAAAGAGUAAGGGAGGCAACUGAAAUACUAAUGAAUGUUUAUUCUGGCCCAGCUUCAGUGAUUCAGGCUGCAGUUCCGACAGUCCUCUCGGAUGCAAAUGAGGAAUUUCAUGAGAAUGUUGUCAUGUUAUUGGAGUUAUCUGCAGAUACCUUAUUUAGAGGUUUGGAGAAAAUUGAAGUGCUCAGAUGCUACUGCAGGCCUCAGGGAUCCAUGUUCGUGAUGGUCGAAGUGGACACCACGCGCCUUCUUGGCAUUGAGAGUGAUAUGGAUUUUGCUAAAGAAUUGAUGAAAGAAGAGUCUAUCUUGGUUGUGCCAGGCUCCAUCCUGGGGUUGAAGAAUUGGGUUAGAUUAUUCUUCGGAUUGCCUGCGGGCUUAUUGAAUGAUGCAUGCGAUCGAAUGAGAUCCUUCUGCGAGCGAAGGAUGAUUAAUGCAUGGCAAGUUUAAUAUGGUGAAGAAGAAGAUAUACAGCAGAUAUCAACACUAUAAGUAAAACAUCAGCUGGUAGAAUAUUGAUUGUUGAUGAUUAUCAAAUUAUUAAUUGUACUUGAAUCUCACUUUUGACGAAUACAUUUUCAUCCUUAUCUGAAUCUUUUGCAUUGAGCUA